AUGCAAUUGAAAACUCUUUCAUUAGCUGCCAUUGGCCUUCUUUUACUGAGUGGUCAUGGUAGCAAUGCCGUUCAAGCAGCAACCAUCGAUGAUGUUGCUGUCGUCCGUGGUGGCGAAGAACAAUUGUCCGACGCUUAUCUUUCACUCUUCGAUACAGAGGAAGACCAAGAGACCGAUUUUGAGUUAUCUGAAGAUUACGCUGAUGAAGAAGACUAUCACCCAUUAACCAAGCGCGGUGAAACUUGUGCCAAAUAUCAUACUGUAAGUGGUAGCGAUUCUUGUGUCAAGCUGGCCAAGAAGUAUGGUGUUACCUUGCAAGAUAUUUACGAUUGGAAUCCUCAGAUCAGAAAAGGAUGUCCCAACUUGAACAAUGGCAAAAAGUACUGUGUAAAAAAAAACCACCAGAAACAUCAGCGAUUGUUGAAAUGCAAGAAAUCUUCUUCUUCCUCCUCCAAAAAAGAAACACGCAAGAAAUUACAAACCAAAUCUGCCUUUACUUAUUAUUGGAUUGCUCAACCCAGCGAUUAUACUGGUGGUAAGAAGGUCUAUGUCAAAACCUGCAGUGGCAAAACCAUUGGUUCUGUUGGCGAAAACUAUGCGGAUGCGCUUGUCAUGGAAGGCACAGGCGUGGUGGGCUCCAAGAUUGUCAAUUUGGGCAGCUGUAACUGCAACAGUUACAAGUGCUUCGAAUUGGUUGAUAAGAGUUCUGAUCCCUUUGGCUUGACGGCUUAUGAUACGCCUCUUCGUCCUUAUGUCACGAUUGCUUCCAACGACAUCAAGAAGAACACCAAGAUUUACGUUCCUGCUCUGGUCGGUUGGAAGAUCCCUGGUUCUGGCAAAACGCACAAUGGCUGCUUGUUGGUCGACGAUCAGUCUUGGAGUUUCAACGGCAAACAUAUCGAUUUCUACGUCUAUUCUAUGUCCAAUUACGAAAAGUUGGAUAAGCAACAUCGUAUCAAUCAUGUAGAUAUUUAUGAAGGUGGUUCUUGUAAACUUCUCAACUACAUGUAA